UGGUUUACCUACACAAGGGCACAAUGAUGAAUUUUACGGAGGAUGCUCCUGUAAAGAAAGGCUCUGUUCUCUUAACAAGGAUGGAAAGUAUAACGGCAUACAAAAACCAACGUGGACAACCCAGAUCUGGAACUCCAGAACAAUCUGACACUCCAGUGUCUGCUAAUGACAUGUGUUCCCUUGCUGAAUGGCCAUCCCAUGCUCGCCGCAACCGUGCACUACUACAGGAUGAAGCUGGUGGACAGAAGAAGAAAGGGCGAGGUGUUCUAAAAGGUUUUAAAGCAUCUAAGAAGCGUUUUGCCAAUGGAUCUGCAAAGCUAAAUAUUACAUUCUCUGAAAAAUUGGGUGGUACAGUAGGAAUGAACUAUCGUUCGUUCAAGGAUGACGUGGUAGUCGUAAUGAAAAGAAAGUUACCACUCAUUGGAGUGAGGACGUGGUCGGACAUUCACCCUACCAUUCAUCGACUCAUUAUUGCAGACAUGAUAGUGCGUACAAUCUUUUUCACAUGUGUUAUCUUAUUUUACCAUCGAUAA